AUGAGGAUCCUUACUUUCCUGGUCGGCCUUAAGACUCUGUGGGUUCUGGCUUUCUCCUCAUUAUCUAAUACGAUGGCUGUGAAUAACAGUGGCAAGUGGUGGGGUAUAGUGAAUGUGGCCUCUUCUGGAAAUGUUCUUCCUGGGUCAGACAUGGGUCCAGUUCCUCUGGUGCUAGAUCCAAGUCUUCAGCUACUAAGUCGCAGACAGAGACGUCUUAUCCGUCAAAAUCCAGGUAUUCUGCAAAGCAUCACCCGUGGGCUUCUCAGUGCUAUUCGAGAGUGCAAGUGGCAGUUCCGAAAUCGCCGUUGGAACUGCCCCACCGGGCCUGGAAACCAGGUGUUCGGAAAGAUCAUUAACCGAGGUUGCAGAGAGACAGCCUUUGUGUUUGCUAUUACUAGUGCUGGUGUGACUCAUUCCGUGGCUCGCUCCUGUUCUGAGGGCUCAAUUGAGUCCUGCUCAUGUGAUUACCGGCGUCGGGGUCCAGGGGGACCAGACUGGCACUGGGGAGGUUGCAGCGACAAUAUUGACUUUGGAAGGUUCAUCGGAAAAGAAUUUGUUGACUCCAGUGAAAGAGGGAGAGACCUGAAAUAUCUGGUGAACUUACAUAACAAUCAGGCAGGUAGAAUGACAGUACUGUCAGAGAUGCGGCAGGAAUGCAAAUGUCAUGGAAUGUCAGGAUCCUGCUCCCUACGAACCUGUUGGAUGCGCCUUCCCACCUUCCGAGCAGUUGGCGAUGCAUUAAAAGACCGCUUUGAUGGUGCUUCUAAAGUCACAUACAGUAACAACGGCAGCAACCGUGGUAGUUCUCGAAGUGAUGUGCCACACCUGGAACCAGAGAACCCCACUCAUGCGAUGCCUUCUGUUAGAGAUCUUGUAUAUUUUGAGAAGUCCCCAAACUUCUGCAGUGCCAGUGAAAAAACUGGAACGCCAGGUACAACAGGACGAAUAUGUAACAGCACCUCCUUAGGCCUGGAUGGCUGUGAACUUCUGUGUUGCGGGCGUGGUUACAGGAGCCGAGCUGAAAAAGUCACUGAACGUUGUCAUUGCACCUUUCACUGGUGUUGUCAUGUCACCUGCUUGAACUGCACUACUACACAAGUGGUUCAUGAAUGCUUGUGA